CCGCCAUCGUCUCGAUGCGCAAUGUUUGAUGGUUUACUCUCGAGCAUAGUCCUCUUUUUCCCACAAUCAUUAGCCAUCGCGCAGUCUGACUCGGUUUGGCAUAUAUCAUACCCCCCGCCUUCGUCACACUUCGGGUAAAUUCCAGCUGGGUGGCUCGGAAUUCUGCUCUGCGCCUUCGACCAUGUCCAAUCAUGACCCAGAGCUCGCAGUGGAUGGCAAGACAGAAGCGUCCGUGGGUAGACGUCUUGAAGAGGAUGAGCUCCGCCAGAUCGUGCAGGAGUGCGAAAUCUUGGACGAGGUCGCCCUUCGAGAGCUUGAACGAGAAGAUCUCGAGACUCUGGCUCACGCGUUUGGCUACAGCACGAACGUCGAGAGCGAGGCCAUUAUAAAGCAAUUGCUGCUCGACUCGCCUGGUGGCGUUCUAAUACGACCAUCCACGGAGACCACCGGGGAACACGAUCGUCUAGCGCCUGUCGCAUUUGAGAUUCCAGAGAAGCUGUUGGAGGAGGGAAUAGUCUUGGACGAGGCUGCUCUUCAUGAGAUCGACCGGAGUGAACUCGAAGCUGUGGCACAGGAAUAUGGCCACAGAACCGACCGUGAGAGUGAAGAGAUUAUACGACAGUUGUUGCUGGAGUUUCCGGAUGGAGUGAAUCAAGCCAUCCUCCGAGUUCAUUGAGAGCCUCAGAAAUGACAAUCUUGCUGCAGCUACCUUGCAUGAGGUAGCUAUUCCACUUCGUGCGCAAGACGCUCGGGAUCGCCCCCAAUCCCACGCCCACUCCCAAACGCGACGCGACUCGCGAAGGCAGCCUCAACGAUCAAGUGCCCACGGCGAUAGGCCACUGGCCAAGGAGAUUCACUCCCGCA